AUGAAAACAGGUGCAAUAAUCACGCUGAUGAUCUCUUUCCUACUCGCUGCAAAAACAACAUCUGGUGAGAACGAAAUAGUUCUUGAUUUCUGGGGGAGCCCAGUUAAGCCCAACACUUGGUAUUUUGCGCAAACUGAAGUGAUUGGAGGAACAUAUAUUUCGCGGUUCAAGGUCCCUCUAGUUCCUAUUUUCCACUCAUUAAGUCCAGAAACCGCGGUAUUUACCAAGACCUCAUCAUCAUUUCUAAUACACCCUUUACCGAUUAUGUUUGUGUUAUCAUCUGAUGUUGUCGUACGCGUAUCAACGGAACUUAACAUUAAGUUCGCAUUUCCAAGUGCCUGUAAUGAGACCGGGUUUUGGCAAGUUAGGGAUGAUUUUUUCAGCCAGCACAUGGUACACUUGAUGGGAACAAAGUCAGCCAGUGACAGCACGUUCACUAUCAAGAAAUCUGAUGACAAAGUUUACAAGUUUGCUUUCGGUGGUACUAGUGUUGAUCCUAGCGAUAAUUCAACGGAUAUCGUUUCGCUAAAGGAGAAUGGACCUCCUUCUCUAGGGAGGCUUAAAAUGCGGAAUCCUGAGCUGAAGAUCUCAUUUUUCAAGUAUUUUCCUUAA